AUGGAUUAUUCAUAUUACACUCCGAAUCCUCAGUCAUUCUUCCCUCUUCUCCCUCCUACCCCAACCCACACAAACGCAUCAAACACCGAUGAGUUCAGCAAUUCUCCACCGGAUGUCUUUGAGCAGUUUCAGCCUUAUGAUUAUGCAAGUCAAUACGAUCCACGCAUCCCAAAAGUUACAACCCCGCUCUCCCAGCACAAGCCAUCGGCUGUUCACCCCAUGUAUACCGAUAUGCCCGCCGAUAUAAAUGACGAUUCGAUGCGCAAUAGUGAUGAUGAGGAUAAUCUGACCCCGGCGCAAUCCAGGCGCAAGGCCCAGAACCGUGCAGCUCAACGAGCCUUCCGCGAACGCAAGGAACGGCAUGUCAAAGAUCUCGAAGUCAAGCUCGCAUCACUCGAGACAAACACUAAUAACCUAGCUCUAGAAAACGAGCGGUUAAAACUGCAACUCACAAAAGCUGCGACGCAAAACGAAAUCUUGAAAGCAACGUCGGGGCAUUCAAAUCGUGGAGGCUCGGAGCCUCUGUCGAUUACAGGUCCUAUGAAAUACAAGCCUACAGAUUUCUAUACAGAGGUUCUGUAUGCGCAUGAUAAUAAGGUGCCGAGUCACAGGAUAGUAACGAGUGAUGGAGGAGAAAGGCUAUUUGCAGCGGGUGCAACGUGGGACUAUAUUAUCGAACAUCCACUGUACAAGCGAGGGCUGGUGGAUAUAGGAGAUGUUAGUGAAAGGCUGAAGAGAGUUGCGAAAUGCGAUGGGCAAGGGCCGGUUUUUGAAGAGAGAGCCAUACUGGAUGCGAUCGAGAAGAGCGUCGCAAGUGGAAAUGAUGAGUUGCUAUGA